AUGCAGGUGGAUAUUUCGCCAAAGGAGUUUGCACGUUAUCAAAAUCAACUCAUCGAGUUGAGAAACGAAAAUUAUCUGGCUACUGAGGCUAGGAAUAAGGCUCUUAAAACGGUUGAGAAUCUGGAAGUUCAGUUAGCAAAAUUAAGCUGUGAACUUGCGAAUACGAAUGCGAAUCUAACCCGUAUCCAAAACGCCGGAAAUAUUACCGAGAUAUACAAAGAAAAUGAUCAACUUCGGCAUAAACUAAUCGGAUUGGAAUCUUCUUUUCAACUUCAGUCAUCAACCCUUCGUGCAGAAGUCACUCGUCUUAUAACUGAAAAAGAGGAACUCCUGCUAAAGGGAUUAUCUCCGUCUGAUGCAUUUUCUAGAGCCCAGAAACAGGAGUCACAGGCCAUACAAUUUCCUUCUACUUCAAUCCAGAUAACUAAUCAAAUGACUCAGACUGAUCUUUCUGGCAAUGUAGUCAUCCACGAUGAGCAAGAGGCCGUCAUUCUCAGAGCUCGCCUGCAAGAAUUACAGUCAGAUCUUCAAGCUGCUCACAGAGAUCGCGAAUUAUUCUCCUUUCGGUUAGAGGAAGCUAACCUAGAAUUGCGUUCCAAGGAAGAACAUUUUAGCACCAAGCUCAUUGAUUAUCAACAAAAGCAAGAAGAAGGGCAAAAAGAACUCGCACGAUUAGAGCAGGAACUUGCUCAAGCCAGAGAAAUUGCAGAGUCCUCACGCGAUGCUGCUGAAUCUAUAAGGCGACGAUCGGAAAAUGUUAAACGUGAUCUAAAACGUCAGCUGGCGAAUGCCAUAAAAAAUUCUGGCUCACUUGGGCCUAACCGUAUUUCUCGGCAAAAUGAUGAUUCAGAAUCUCUAUGCAGUUUACUUAGUGCAGGAGGUGCCCAACGGUUCAGCAAACUUUCGGCACCAGAAUGCCAAUCAAUCCAUUCUUGUGGAAGUUCAGAUCAGGAAUUAAAUGGCUUACCUUUCGGAUACCGCGGUAAAAGUGAUGGGCCUUUUCCAAUGAAUAGCGAGCGAGAUAAAAAAUCCCUUAUUGACAGUAAUGUAUCCAACUCUAUUAAGGAAGCCACGCGAGGUCUGGGUCAGUUGGCUCCAUCUUCGAUAAGGUCAUUUGAUUCGGACCAAAUACUUACAAAUACCUUGUCUGAGGCUGACUUCAGAGUGAGUAAAAAUAUUUUAAAUUGA